AUGGCUACCCCCAGUGUUCUUACCUUUGACAUUGAGGGCCGUGCUCUUGACUUUGAGGUCUGGGUCGAUGACCUCCAGCUGUUCCUCCAGUGCAAUAGGGCAGACGGCCUCUCUCUGUUUGACCUCACCUCUGGUGCCUCCCCUGCCCCGCUUGCUACUGCUGACAGCACUGUUCGCUCACAGUGGGCGACACGCGAUGCUGCUACCCGUCUUGCUGUGCGUCGCCACUUACCGACCACUGAGCGUGCACACUUUAGCCAGUACAAGAGUGCUCAUACCUUGUACGACGCUGUAGUUGCACACUACUCUUCCCUUGCCACUGGUGCACUGAGCCGCCUCAUGCUACCGUACCUCUUCCCUGACCUUGCUGCCUUUCCCACAGUCGCUGACCUCAUUACGCACCUCCGCACUAGUGACACUCGCUACCGCACUAGAGUUCUGCGCCAAGAACCCCCCCCUAUGUACAUCACCCUCUACGACAUAGUCACCUGGCUCCCUGACUCUCUUUGCUUAGUCAGGGACCACUUCCUCUCAGUUUGCCCCACCACUCUCACCGUUGACCUCCUCGAGGAGUGCCUCCUAGCAGCAGAGAAGAGCAUAGUCGCUGUAGGAGCCUCUAGUGGAGACGCCGCACCGGCAAGGGCAAGGGAGGCAAGGGAGCUGGAGGAGCAAGCGGGGGCGGUGGAGGUGGUGGUGGAGACAGUGGAGGGGGUGGGGGUGGUGGUGGGAGUGGUGGCGGGGGUGGCGGCGGCGGUGGCAGCAGUGGAGGCGGCGGAGGCGGCGGUGGUGGCGGAGGGAGCGGAGGCGGCGGAGUUGGCGAAGGCGGCGGAGAUGGCGGAGGCGGCGGAGGCGGUGGCGGCGGCGGCAGUGGAGCUGGUCGCGACUCUGCGCAGAGGAGUGGGUCCGGUGGUGGUCCGCACUAGCAGCAGCAGCGCGGUCAUGAGACCCUGUCCCCUCAGCAGCUUCGUCAGCACGGUGGGGGUACUGGUUCCUGCACCUACGUCCUCCGUACCGGCGACCGCGCUGGUGAGCAGUGCGGGGGCCCGCACUCCACCCAGCGCUGGUUCGGCCGCCUGA